CUAUCUACACAUAUAUAUAUGUAUAUAUAAAUAUAUACAUAUAUAUAUAGCUGUGUUUAAGCAAAUAUAUAGGAGGCAACAGUUUCCUAGAGAGACAGAGAGAGACAGAGAGAGGGAGAGAGAGAGAGCGCCAGAUGAAUAGACGUGUGAUUCAUGAUGAAAAGGUAACACGCAUGCUCAGAUGUUGUGAAUAGUUUUUCUCCCCCCUCCUCCUCCUCCUCCUCCUCCUCCUCCUCCUCCCUCUCUCCAUCCUGUGGUCUCAGCCUCAGUUGGAGCAUCUCUGUGAUAGAGAGCUCCGACUUUGACAGACAGAAGGUGCAGACUGGAGCAGACGUCUCCUCCUACAUGAACGCGCAGGGAGGUGAUCGCAGGUGUCUGUUCUGGUCGGGUGGUGUCCUUGAGGAGGAGAGGGAGGAGAAGUGAGGAGAGGGGAGCAGAGAGACGCUGCUGACUGCCGCAGGAGAAACAGGAGUCAGAGGAGGCAGAGGAGGAGAGACACCGAUGACCAGGAGGAGGUGAUGGAGCGCGGCACCGCGACGCUCGGUGAAUGACUCGGUGAAGUUCGACCCGGUGGAUGGUUUACGAGUAAAAGAAAAAAGCAGGUGUCUGCCUACUGUAAAGUUUCAGUGAUGGAGUCCACUCAUCUGCUGGGCAGCUCCAAGAAAAGGGUGAAGAUCCACCCUCACACUGUCACAGCCAAAUACGCCACACACACACCCUACUCCCCUCAGCCUGGAGUCCACACACACUUCCCUCAACCUGGGGACGAGGGCUACGAUGACGCUCCGUCCUUCGAGGACUUCGGCUCUUUCCUGGAGGAGACGUCCGACAAGAAACGGCUGACGGACGGCAGGAAGUGGCCCCUGACUCUGUUUGGUUCCAGAGACAAAGACCAGGACAAAGCACAGAAACCCCAGGCCGGUGGUGCAGCGGCGGAGGCGGGUGAAGCUAAAGCAGCCAAAGGUCCUGGUAAAGGUGUGGGCGAGCAGUUGGCCAGUUUUGGGGAGGCGUCUGUGUCUGCCUCCCGCCUCACCUGGGUGGGUCUGCUGGGUGCCGCUCUGGCUCACGGCUGUUUGAUCGUUCUGACCCGACUGGCCUCCGAUCGCUUCAGCCUGGGCCCCCUGUUUCUCCUGCUGGUUCGAUCCAUCGUCCAGCUCCUGUCUGUGGCCGUGCCGCUGCACAGAGGUGAGAACCCUUUUGGACCGGACGGCUACCGUCUGCGUCUGCUCUGUUACGGCAUCGCCUACUCCCUGUCCCUCUGCUGCGCCUACUCGUCUCUAACCUUCGUCUCCCCUGGAGACGCUACCACAACCUGGCGCCUAGCAACCACCGCGCUGUCAGCGACUCUGGCCUUCCUGCUCCUGGAGGAGAGGCUGGGAUUGGCUGAUGGUAUCACCUUAGCUGCGGGCCUGUGCGGUUUGGGGCUGGUGCUGCUUCCUAACGAGGACGAGAGCAACUCGGAUUCACCAACCGACCCGGUUGCUUUCUGGAGAGGGGCUUUCGGCUGGUCUCUGUCAGCUGUCGCCGGCCUGUGGAUGGCGCUGGCGCUGGUCGGGUAUCGCUCUCUAAAGGAGAGGGUGGGAGUCGGAACAGCUUUGUUCACAAUCAGCUGGACGGGCUGUCUGCUCACUCCGGGCGCUCUGGCUCUCCUCCAGGAGGGAUGGUCCUGGCCCAUGAGCGCCCCAGCUUGGGCUCUGGUGCUGGGCCUCGUCGCCUGCUCGGUCGCAGCCUUUUUGGGGAUGACUCACGCCCUGACACGGCUCCACCCAGCUCUGGUGUCUGCCUCCCAGAGCUUGGAGAUACCUGUUGCCAUGGUACUGCAUCUGGCGGUGCUGCCUUCCCUUCCCACCGCACCUGAGGUGGUGGGGAACGUGAUGGUUCUACUAAGUGUGGUUUGGCUGGUGGCCAUGAAGCUGCUCCCCUCUAGAGGCGGUGGGCGGCGCCAGAGGGAAGAAUACGAAGAGAUUCUGGACUCGCCCAUUAAAUAAACACUUCCAGUUGCCGCCCCUUGUGUCUCCAGUUUUUUGUUCUCGUUGCUCACUCCCUCCGUCAUGAGAUCGGUUCUACUUUCCACAGGAGAGACUGCUAAACCAUGUUUGGAGCUUUAUCUAUUUUGUAUCGUCGCCUAAGCUUUGGGGAAAAAGUGCCAAUGUUGUGUCGUCUGUUCUGGUGACGUUGUGACGUGACAUUAAAGUCUCUCUGAUGAACACUGUGCAUUCCACUUAUAAUCAACCAUCCCACCAUCCAA